ACUCACAAUGCGGAAUUUAUCAUUACUGUUAUUAUUUUUCUUAUCAACUGGAUUAUCUUACGUUCUUAGUGAAAAGACUUUAAUAUUAACACACGUUAUCUUCAGACAUGGUGACAGGACACCCGAUUACAGCUUCCAAAUACCAAAUAAUCCGUAUUCCAAUGAAACCUUCUUUCCUUACGGUCCGGGACAACUGACUUUGAAAGGAAAAACAAGAGCUUACAAUUUGGGAGUAUCACUGAGGAAACGUUAUUCAAGGUUUUUAGGCCCAGUUUAUUAUAACGGAUUGAUUGAUGCAACAUCCUCAUUCCUACCAAGAGCAGUAAUGUCUUUACAAUCAGUUCUUGCAGCCCUAUUUAAGCCAACAAAAAGGUGGCAAUUAAAAAGAACAAUUAAAUGGCAACCGGUUUAUUUCAAAGCACCAAGUCUCAAGGAAGAUAAAAUAGUUAUUCCAUCUUGUCCAAAAAUUUUCGAUGUGCAUACAGACUUUGAUGAAGAAUCUAAGGCAUUUUAUAAAUAUGUUAGCGAUUUUGUAGGAUUCAACGUUACAAAAUCUAUUGAAAUGAUGGCUAUACAUAACACGUAUCACGUUUUGGAUGAACAAGGUUUUUCUUUACCAAAAUGGGUUUUGGCCGUUUGGCCCGAACCUUUGUUAAGAUAUAGUUUGCAAUUUUGGAAAGACAUGAGCGAUCAAACUGUUCAAUAUGCUGUUGGGCCUUUAUUGAAGAAAAUUAAUGAUGAUACAAUGGCAAAGAUGAAAGGUACUUCUAUAGAUCAAUUGGAAUGUAAGAUGUAUUUAUAUUCAGGACACGAUAUGAAUGUUGUUGGUUAUCUGGGAGCUAUUGGAGUGUACAAAGAGGCACUCUAUAUUAAUUACUCUGCUUCCAUCAUGAUUGAAAUACAUAAAUAUACAGACACUUAUGGUGUCAAGGUAUUUUUUGAUAAUUCCGACGGAAUUGGACCAAUCCUUUUAAGAAUUCCCGCUUGUGGUGGUAUUGAUAUCUGCCCUUUGGAAAAGUACAUUGCAAUUACUAAAAAUAAAUAUGGCCCUAAGGAAUGGUGCGCUGCAUGGUUCAAAAACGUAAAAGGUGGUAUGCAACAACUUACGAGAGUUAAGCAUCAUGAUUGCACCAGACGUCAUUUGUUAAGUAUCCAAGAAUCCAAAAUAAAGAUCAUGUGGAGGUUAUUGUUUUUGCUGAGUGCGUACUUGGCUACAGUCUUUUCGGCUCCAGGAAUCGAAAGAGAAACGUUACUUCUUACGCACAUUAUUUUUAGACAUGGAGAUAGGACACCCGAUUUUCAUUUCUUCAAAACACCCAAUGAUCCUCUAGCUCAUGAAACAUUCUUUCCAUACGGUAGUGGACAAUUGACUUUAAAAGGUAAAAUAAGAGCUUAUGAACUAGGGGCUAAAUUGAGAAAAAGGUAUUCCAAUUUUUUGGGAGCUUUAUACUAUGCGGAUUUGAUCGAAGGCAUUUCAUCCUCUGCCCCGAGGUGUGUAAUGUCCAUGCAAUCCGUCUUUGCAGCUUUAUUCCCGCCAACUGAAGAGUGGCAACUCAAAUUUGGGUAUGACUGGCAACCAGUUUACUUCUUAUCGCCGAGCGUCAAUGAAGAUAAAUUAAUCUAUCCGUCAUGUCCAAAAAUAUUCGACGUCCAAAGUUAUAUGGACGGGGAGAAAGCAGAUUUCUAUAAAUAUGUUAGUGAAAACUUUGGUGUUAAUAUUACCACUUCUUUUGAUAUGCUUGGAGCUCAGAAUACUUAUCAAGUUUUGGGAGAACUAGGAUACAAUCUCCCAGAAUGGGUUUCCAAAGUUUGGCCUCAACCCUUCUAUAAAUAUGGUAUGGAAUUUUGGAAUGAAAUGGCUAGUCAAAAAGUACCAUACGCUAUAGGUAAUUUAUUAAAAAAAAUCAACGAGGAUACAAUGAAGAAGGUGACUGGAGAUUUAGUUCCAACUGAUCGUAAGAUGUUCUUGUAUUCUGGGCAUGAUCUCAACUUGGUUGCUUUCUUUGGAGCAAUUGGUGUAUACAAACAAAAUAUGUACAUUGAUUAUUCGGCUUCUAUUAUGAUCGAAGUCCAUAAAGUUAGAGGACGUUAUGGUGUGAAGAUAUUCUUUGAUAACGUCGAUGGAAAGGGACCUCAGCUUAUAAAGAUCCCAGCAUGCGCUUACCUUGAAAUAUGUCCUCUGGAAAUUUACAUUGCCAUAACUAAAGCACAAUAUGGACCUGAAGAUUGGUGUACAUAAACUAAUUAAUAUCAUAAAUAAAUAAAGAUAUUAUAAAUAAUCAAUGUUUUAAUCAUUAUAUAACACUUGUA